AUGGGGCUUUUUCUUGGAAUGUCUUUAGUUUCUGUAAUUGAACUAGCAACUUUUCUUUGGAAAAUAACUUGGAUUUUUAUUUCAAAAAAAAGGAGAGAACAUAUGAUAGCAAAGAAAUGCCGAGACGAGGAGCGUGAAAAACAUUUACAAGCAACUAUGGAAUUUGCUUUACAACAACGUAGAUUUGCUGCAAGUAUAGGGCGACUGGCGGCUUCACAACAACUGCAAGCCGAAAGUAAAGGUGCUAAAAACUUUUUUUAUUUUAUGAAAAUUAUUUUUUCAAUUCAAUCAAAAUUAUUUUCCCCAUUUUCAGCCCCAAUAGCAAAAAUAUCCUUUUCCAAUCCUUUAAAUUACUCAUCUUCAUCUUCCUUUGAAUAUCAACAAAAACAACGAAAACCUUCAUUAUUUGACACCUUUUUUGGUUUAUCAAAAAGAAAAUUCUCAUCAUUUAGAAAAGCUUCAAAAAAUAAUAAUUUUGUUGACUCAAUAAUUUCAAAUCGAGUACAUGGAACAACAUCAAGUUCAUCUUCUGAAGAUGAAAAUGAAGAUAAUGAAGCAAAAUAUUGUAAAAAAGAGAAGAAAAGUUUGGGAAAAUUGGUUGAACUUAAAAUUAAUUUAAAUAAUUUGGAACAAAAUGGAGACAGAUUUAGACGGAAAUCAACUUGUUUAUUUAAUAAACAACAAAAUUCAAAUUUAUGGGAAAGAAGAAGAGCUACAAGUAUAUUCGAAUUUUGUGAUAAUUCAACAAAAAUAAAUGAAAUUCCAAAAAUAAUUAAAGAAGAAAAUUUUUGAGAAGAAAAAAAAGAAAUUGAGGAGGAAUAGGAGAAAAAAAUUCUUAAAUUAAUUGUGCU